AUCAGAUUUUGUUCUUGCAUCCGUAAAAAGAAAAUGCAAAAAGGACAUUGCCAGAUAGUUUUCUCAACAGUUUCUGCCAUUAACGAUGCUUAAUCAAUGCAAAUUAAUGGCAAUUAGCGAUAGAUUAUUUUAUUGUUGUUGUAGUGUUUAUGGGGUUGUGUGAAUUCAUGGGGAUGGACAAUGAUCCUUCCUGCACGUGGCCUCCAUGUCCUUGUUCUCAUAAUUUAUAAUGAUUUUGAAUUGUUUACACUUUAAUGGCGGAAAGGAAAGAGAUAUUUUACUUUUUACCUUAACUUAGUAUUAGGAAACCAACAAGAAGAUGUGAUUUUCCAUCUUGUUGAUUUGAAGUAAGAGUUGAGAGUUAUGCUGGCUUAUUACUUGAUUAAUCCCUUUAAUUUGCAGGAGAGUUGAGAGUGUAAAAAAUCGAUUCUGUGGACUUAUGUAAUCAUUGGGGUGUGUGUGUGUGUGUGUGUGUGAGUGUUGACUUCUUCCAUUGAAGAGAUAUAAUUUUGUGUGAUCAUUGAUUGGGAUAAGUAUCUCGAGCAUCUGCCUCGGGAGAGAGAGAGGUGAAGAUAUCAUUUUCAGAGAAUUCCCUUUCAUGUAAACAAGUUGGCUGGGGGAAAGAAAGAGCAGGUCAUAGGGGCUCUGAAUAUUUUCAGGAUCUCGUUUAAGAGGCAUUGGUGAGACUUGUUGAUAGAUUUAACUGGCUAAGUGAAAGCCUGUUGGGUAGUAAAUUUAAGGUGGUAAGUCGUAUGUGAAGGGGGCCAUCAAUGUGGUCUAAUUUGCACAAUUUGGAUGGAUGUAUAUGAAUCGGAGCAAGCAUUACAGAAGCUAUCUGCAGCUGAGAGAACAAGACUACCACUGAUUUCGUCUGAGAACAAGAAUGGAGUCUCUCCCCUUGCCCAAACAAGAGAAGUUCGUUCGAGGUGUAGGUCACCUUUACCAUCUUCACCCACAAAACGCUGUUCUUCGCCAACUGCCAGCAGGACAUCAUCAACCUCAACUUUUUCAGCAGCAGCAAAGAGGGCUAUAUCAGCUGAAAGAAAUCGCCCCUCUAGACCAUCAUCACCCCGAUCUCCAUCAACCCCAAUUCAGGAUACAACUGCAGAAUUGUUGUUGUCAUCAAGAAAGGUAGCAGGCAACAAGAUACCAGAGUCCUUAUGGCCUUCAACUAUGCGGAGCCUGAAUGUUUCUUUCCAAUCUGAUACGUAUUCUGUUCCUAAUAGUAAGAAAGAAAAGCCAGCUUCCUAUAUGCCUGAUCGAACUCUGAGGCAAUCUUCAAAUGUUGCUCAUAGACAGGCUGAAGCUCCAGCUUCAGGAAAGCCCACACCAGAAAGGAAGCAGAGUCCACUUACAGGUAGGAAUUCUGCUGAUCAAUCUGAGAAUUCUAAACCAGUUGAUAGUUUGUAUCCACGUAUGGUGGAUCAACAUCGAUGGCCAAGCACAACAGCUGGGAAAGUGUCCACCGCCCUGAACAGAAGUAUUGACCUGGCUGAUAAGAAAAACAAAGUAACACCUACACCUUCUCUUAGGAGGCUGGAUAGGAUCACUGUUUCAAGUAAAAGUAUCGACCUGGCUGAUAAGAAAAGCAAAACUUCACCUUCACCCCGUUCGGAAACAGGUACACCUUCCCGCAGGAGACUAUCUCCGGAUGGCACCGCCGUUCUUACUAGAAGUAUGGACCUUGCUGAUAAGACCAGCAAAAAUUCAUCUAUAUCCCGUUCGGAAACAGGCUCACCUUCCCUCAGGAGACAAUCCCUGGACGGCGCAGUUGGUCCUGAUAGAAGUAUUGACCUGGCUGACAAGACAAGCAAACCCUCAUCUUUAUCAGCAGGUUCACCUUCCCUUAGGAGACUAUCACUGGAUGGAAAUGCCAUGCUGAAUAGAAGUAUUGAUUUGCCAGAUAAGAAAAGCAAAACUUCAUUGUCUCCCCACUUGGAAAGAGGUACAUCUUCACUGAAGAGACUAUCUCCAAAUGGCAAUGCUGUUCCUAGUAGAAGUAUAGAUUUAGCUGAUAAGACAAGCAGAACUUCAUCUUCAUUCCAUCCGGAAACAAAUACACCUUCAAUCAGGAGAAUGUCUGUGGAUGGCAGCCCUGUUCCAAAUCGAAGUAUAGAUUUGGUUGGUAGGAUUAGCAAAACUUCAUCUUCAUCCCGUACAGAAACAGGUACACCUUCCCCCAGGGUACUAUCUCUGGGUGGGAAAAGCAAACCUUUGGUCAAGUCUACCAGUGAUUUGCUAGUAUCUUGUGAUGAGAGUGGAAGAUCAUUGGCUAAUGGGUGUUCAGUUGAUGAUUGUUCACCGGAGAUUGCAAGGCCUGAUUCUUCAAGUUCAUCAGAUAGAACACAAAUGUCAAAUACUGCCUCUAAACAUUUUGGAAUUCUCCCUGUAUUAUCUACUGUGUCUAGAUGGAUCAGUCCCUCUCGAUCAAAGGCUGUCAAUUCUUCGAGAGGACACAGCCCUGCUCGGAUAAGACCAUCGAGCCCCACCAGAAAACUUCAGAGUGCAGCUUCGGUUCUUAGUUUUAUUACAGAUAUCAGACAAGGAAAGAAGGCUGCAAAUCACAUUGAAAAUGUCCAUAACUUGCGGCUUUUAUACAAUAGACUCUUGCAAUGGCGAUACGCAAAUGCUCAGAGUGAUGAUGCAUUGCAAUCUCAGAAACUAAAAGCAGAGAAAGUGUUGUGCAGUGUGUGGAUGGAAAUUGCUGCUCUUUGGGACUCAAUAAUGGAGAAAAGGAUUGAGAUUCAGCAAGUGAAGCUCAAGUUGAAGCUUUAUUCAAUUUUGGACAAUCAAAUCUGCGGUCUUGAAGAGUGGGCAUCAACUGAAACGAAUCAUCAUAGCUCAUUAACUUGGGCCAUCGAGGAUCUGCAAUCUAGCACAGUUCGUGUUCCAGUCAUAAGAGGAGCAAGGGGUAAUAUUCAAACCAUUAAGGAGGCUGUAUGCGCUGCUGUUGAUGUGAUGCAGGCAAUGGGGUCCUCCUUAUGUUGCGUAUUAUUGAAGGUGGACCGGAUGAACUGUUUGGUUUCUGAACUUGCUGAUGUAGUAAUAGAGGGAAGAGCUCUGUUUGAUGAAUAUGAGUCAAUGUUGAUCUCCAUAGCUGAAUUGCAGGUGGAAGAAUACAGCCUUAGGAGCCAUCUCAUGCAGAUGAAACAAGCUUGGAGCAACGACGAACUGUCGAUAUAUGGGGAUUAAGACAAGCUCCAAAGGUCUUGCUAUAUGAGAACUUGAGCUUUUUGUCACCUUGUUGCUAGUAAAAUGGAUAUUUUUGUGCCCAUUUUCUUAUCUUGCUUCAAGUGUUAUAGGUAGGAUAGGAAAAAAAUUAAGUUAUAUAUUUAUUCUUUUUACCCUUCUUUUAGGCUCUCUCCCUUUCAUUUUGUGUAGUUUGUAUUAACCUCUCAGAAACCAACCAAAAGGAAGAUUGACACAAGUUGAAAUACAAGGAAAUUACAUGGGAA